GAAACACCGUCAGUGCAUUAUGAAGAAUCAAAUCUGCAGCUUGGUUUUGGUCAUUUUCGCCCUGUCUUGUGCCCGGGCACGACAGGUUGCCACCCCCGACCCCGGCCCCACCUGCCCCUACCCCUCCACUGAGAUAAUUUAUUUCCCUUACGAGGGAGACUGUACUAAAUAUUGGGAGUGUUAUUCAGGCCACAGUUAUCUCUACACUUGUCCUGCAGGACUUUGGUGGCACCAGGAAAUCAGCGAAUGUGAUUAUCCUGGAGAUUUCUGCACUGAUGGCACUACCCAAACGGAUUGGACUGAGACAACCGAUUCCACACCAACUAUUGGUCCAACCACCACAAAUGGUGAUCUACCAGAUUGUACAGGAACUGGGGAUGAUCCUGUUUAUUAUCCGUAUCCUGGAGAUUGUACAAAGUACUACGAGUGUGCUAAUGGCAGGUUGUACACGUACAAUUGUCCACCGGAUCUGUGGUGGCACCAGGAGAUAAGCGAGUGUGAUUAUCCUGGAGAUUUUUGUGUUCCUGAUACACGUGGGCGCAAUUAAAAAAUGUAUUGAAUGUAACUUGCUAGUAGUG